AUGGCCGCGGUGAUCAGCGAUUUCGGAAGUGAAUUUGGAACCGACUCCUCUCGGUCCCACUACCAUCGCGGUUUGAAGAACAUGCGAAGCAAUUCUGGCCACCUGCGUGCUUCAGCCGAAUCGCCAUACCGAUCUUCCUCUCGAGCCGAGCCUCCUCCAAGCCCUCGAUUUCAACCGCAUAACUCGCCAGGAACCGUAGAAGCAGUUCCAUCAAACACACAUAGACGGGCGGCUCAUCAUGAGUCUGGGCCAGAAAUAGUAGACGCGCCGAUGGAGAAGAAAGAGCAGCAGCCGUCGCCACCAUCGAGCUCGAGUCCAAACCCGAAUUCGUAUUCCAACCCGCGCUUUUCCAGCCAGGAAAACAUACAGAAAUCAUACCCUCAAUCCGGCGCUUCCCCAUUCUCGGAGAAUCCAGCUACAAAGUAUCAUUCGCCUCAUAGCACAUCAGAAGAUGCAGCACAGCCCCUAGAAAGGGCUGCAAGGUCCCUGGACGAUGUUAAAGGUUAUACUGGUGAUACAAUCAAAGUGCGGGAUCUGGCUCACAUCCAGAGCUUCGCAACAGAGGAGUUUUUAACAAGGGGGAGACCCGGAAGACGGAGAGCUACGGACGACUCCACCGUCAAAUAUGAGAUAAGCGGGAUGCCAAUCGCAGACGUUAUAGAAAUGGUUGCAGGACUUCUGACCAAAAUAACCACUACCAACGACCAGCAACACGAGAACUUACACAGGCCAUUAUCGUCUGGAGAAGGGGGCAGCAAUCUCAGUGGACUGUCAUCUAGUGUCUUGGCAUUCCAUGGGAAGAACGUCCCCAGCAUCACCAUUUUAAGUUACUUGAGCCGUAUACACAAGUACUGCCCGACAACAUAUGAAGUCUUUCUUAGUUUAUUGGUAUAUUUCGAUCGUAUGACACACCAUGUCAACGAAGCUCCUAUGCAAGCUCUAAGACGGGGCUCGACAAUAGACCAGGACACCUCCAGACCAUCUUCUAAUUAUUCUGCUGAAGGUUCAGACUUAGCCGAUAGUCCACCUGCCACAUCUAAGAGUGUUCCGGAGUUGGACUCGGAUUUUCACAAAGCCCAGUACACUCACUCAGCGGCAGCCCCGGAGCCUAGUUCUGCUGCAUUCCCGCUUUCCCAUUUCUUUGUUGUGGACAGUUUUAAUAUCCAUCGACUUGUGAUUGCAGGUGUUACAUGUGCUAGCAAGUUCUUUUCGGAUGUAUUUUACACCAAUUCAAGAUAUGCAAAGGUUGGCGGUCUGCCACUUGCGGAACUGAAUCAUUUGGAGCUUCAAUUUCUUCUUUUGAACGAUUUCAGACUCUCGGUUCCUGUGGAAGAGCUCGAAGCUUAUGGUACUAUGCUAGUAGAGUUUUAUGCUCGAGAAGUUAUUGCUCAACGAAAGAGUUCUUUGUCAGCAACCUCCGAUAUGGCGUAUCCAGACGAACCACGAAACCCACCUUCGCCAUGA